GGCACAUCCGAUCCGAUUAAUAUCCGUUACACCCUAUUUUUGGUGUCAUAAUUUUUAAAAAAAUAUUUUUAUAUUGUUUCAAAACUUUUUUUAUAAAUUAAUUUUAAAUAUUAAUAAUGGAAAAUGAUUAUUUUGAAAAAGAAAUUCUUCCCAAACAAAUGUGAUAAGAAAAAUAAUUUUGGGAGGGACCUUGAAUUGAAAACGUUGCAUAGUGAUUAGUGAAGCACGCAAGAAGUUCAAACCCUUUGCGCUUGGAAAUGAAGAGCAAAUGAGCAGUGCGGAAGCUUCAUGCCUUUCGCUCUUGACCAACUGCAAGACUCUGAAAUGCGUCAAACAAUUCCACGCCUACCUUUGCAAGAUCGGUCUCGAAUCCGACCAAUUCAUCUCCGGGAAGCUCCUCAUUCAGUGCGCCGUAAAUAUAGCCGACGCACUCGCCUACGCUCGCCGCCUCUUCCACGGCCUCCCGGCCCCAGACGCCUUCAUGUACAACACACUCAUACGCGGAUUUGCCGAGUCGGACUCACCUCAGGAUUCCCUCAAGACUUUUGUAAGCAUGCUUCGGAGCUCGCAGUCCCCUCCGGAUAGCUUCUCUUUCGCUUUCACGCUCAAGGCUGCAGCGAAUAUGAGGUGUUUUAAGAGUGGGUCUCAGAUGCAUUGUCAAUCCUUCUCUCGUGGCCUCAGUUCCCAUCUCUUUGUUGGGACGACCACGAUCAGCAUGUAUGCCGAGUGUGGGCACAUUGGAUAUGCAAGGAAUCUGUUUGACGAAAUGUCUGAACCAAAUGUUGUUGCCUGGAAUGCCAUGCUUACUGCUUAUUUUCGGGUUGGAGAUUUGAGGAGUGUUGAUGGAAUGUUCUGUUUGAUGCCUUCAAGGGACUUGACUUCUUGGAAUUUGAUGCUUGCUGGGUAUUCCAGAGCAGGAGAAAUGGAUUAUGCCCAGAAGAUCUUCGACCAAAUGCCAACAAGGGACAUUGUUUCUUGGAGCACUAUGAUUCAUGGGUUUGCGUGUAAUGGGUAUUUUGAUGAGGCAUUAUGGUGUUUUAGGGAGUUGAGGAGGGAAGGAACUGCUCCCAAUGAGGUGAGCCUGACAGGGGUUCUGUCUGCAUGUGCUCAAUCUGGGGAGUUCGAAUUUGCAAAAUCCCUCCAUGGAUUUGUAGAGAAAGUUGGGAUGGCGUGGAUUAUCUCGGUGAAUAAUGCACUUUUGGAUUGUUAUGCGAGGUCUGGGAACCUGGGUAUUGCUCGCUUAGUCUUUGAAAGGAUUCCAGGGAAGAAGAGUAUCAUUUCUUGGAUUUGUAUGAUUACUGGGCUAGUAAUGCAAGGCUAUGGUGACGAGGCAAUGCAAGUUUUUUGCGAUAUGGAAUCUUCUGGAAAUAGACCGAAUCGAGCAGGAUUUACUUCAAUUCUUUGUGCAUGUAGCCAUUCUGGUUUACUCAAAGAAGGACAACAUAUUUACGAUACAAUGGCAAGAGUAUAUGGCAUCGAACCCAAUAUCGAGCAUUAUGGUUGUAUGGUUGAUCUUUACAGUAGGGCGGGACAACUGAAAAUGGCAUAUGAUUUUGUCAUACAAAUGCCGAUCCCCCCAAACGCAAUCAUUUGGCGGACUCUUUUGGGUGCUUGCAGCUCCUAUGGUGAAGUUCAAUUAGCUGAGCUCGUGAAUGAAAGGCUCUUGGAGAUGGAUCCCAACAACUCUAGCGAUCAUGUUUUAUUAUCAAAUGUUUAUGCAGCUGCUGGGGAAUGGCAGGGUGCUGCAACAGUAAGGAGAUCAAUGAGCAACCAAAAAAUGAUGAAAACCCCGGGUCUAAGCAUAGUUUGAACAUACAUUUUGUACUUAAGGUUAUAAGAGACACGUGAUGCUUCUGUGUGGAGGACAUGAACAGAAAGUUUUUCCUUUCCUCACUAAGGGCCUGUUUGGGAAAGGCAUUUUGGCUUAACGCAAGACGCUCCCUAGGACUAGCAUUCUACGAAGAAAGUUGGCAUUUUGUAGAAAUUUUCGAAUUCUAUCCAUCAAUAUUUUACCGGGAAAGUAUUUUUUGCGCGCCCAGAAGCAACAAUUUUCUCUGAAAAAUUAGGUUAUUCAUGGAGGAAUUUGAUCAAAAACAGAUUUCCUACUAAGGAGAGGUUAUGUAAAUGCAUGCCUAUUGAGUUACACUGUGUGCUUUGUGGAUAUAUUAUGGAAGACUCUCAACACCUGUUCUCCAGUAUUAAGCCAAGAAGGACCAGACAGAAUUGUAAAGCUAUAUUUGCAGCAGGGCUCUAUGGUGUCUAGAAGGCUAGAAAUAAGCUGAUACAUCAAAGAGCAUAUCUCCGUCUCUCACUACUUCUCGCGAACGAUGAAUGCCAUUGGCCAUUCUCGCCGCCUGCUGCCCCACGAUGUGAGCUUCUUCACUGCUGAGCUCUCCCAUCUUUUUUCUCCUUCACUUUGGUAUUCGGAUACGACUUUCUUCCUUCACUUUGCAGGUGCAAACCCAUCACUUUGACAAUGUGGCACAAAUUCACAAGCGUUCAGGGCAGCAAAAUUGAAAAGGCACUCGAAUCAGAUAAAUAGGACUGUCAUUGACAACACGACACGAUUCAUCAAUCAAAGCGGACGCAAUCAUAUCCCUUUCAUCAUAUUUAGAAGAAUGGGAAUGUUCAAAUCCUGUCGCAAUAGAGCAUGCCCUGGAAACAAAACAAUUUCAAGAUCCUUUAUCUCUUUUUGUAAGUCCAGAAGACAUUCAAGCAUCUCGGAACUCACAGAGACAGAAAAUCAGGAACACAUGUACUGGGUUGAAGGUGAAAUACAAGUCCUAGAAAAUGCAUCGUUUACAUUGUACAUAGGAUGCAGCAGCUGCAAUCGGAUAGUGCACUUCAGAGAAGGCAUUAGCUUUGAAUGCAUGCAAUGUGGGGACAAAGAAGCAAGAAAUACAAAGAAUUCCGACUACUAGCUGAAAUAAAUGACGACAGAGGUGAUGUACAGCUCACCCUUUUCACCAACGAGCUCCAAAAAAUACUAAAGACACUGGAAUGGAAUAUGUCGCUGGAGACAAUCAAUUGUGGGAAUCUGAACAAGGCCCUUCAAUCGCUCACCGUCAUUGUUGUGAUCAAACCAACUUCAAGAACUUACCAAACACAAACAACAAAGAUGUACUCACUACUAAGCCUCUACAACCUCUCUCAAAAGCUAACAAGCACUCCAACUUUAAAAUGAAAGCUCAAGGUUGAAGAAGACAACCACAAAAAAAAGCCUUAAAGAAUGUUCCAACACCUUGGAAACUUCCUACCCUUCUUGUAAAAUACAUGUAUCAUGAUGAGUAGAAAUCGUGAUGGAAUAAGCACUUUAAAAUUUCUAGGUUUGCUACAUGUAAAAAAACCUAAUCAACUAAGAGAUCAGUU